CAAGCACCCAAUUACGACCCCAUCCAACCGACCAAGCUCCAAGAUGCUCAAGUCGUGGAUGUCCGCUGUGUGCUACACGGCCUUGAGCUUCGCCGUCUUGAACAGCGGCGUGGCCAGCGCCGACGAAUGGGACGCCCGCGUGGACGAGAUCAUGGCUACCUUCACCAACACGGACCUCGCCGGCCAGAUGACGCAGAUCCCCGCGUACGGCCUGGUCAACUCGACGUACCAGCUGGACGAGGACAAGCUCCGCGGCUACGCCAAGUACCACGUCGGCUCGUACCUGAGCCCGCCCAUGUCGGCGUACGGCGAGAUCGACGGCCGCUGGGGCUGGACGACCGCCGAGAUGCGCGACUUCGUGGGCCGCAUCCAGGAGAUCGCCAUGGAGCUGAACGGUGGCCACCCGAUGAUCUACGGCACGGACGCUGCCCACGGCAACGCGCUGAUGAUCGACACGGUCUACUUCGGUCAGCAGAUCAACGCCGCCGCCACGUUCAACCCGGACCUGGUCUACGAGCAAGGAAGAAUCACGGCCAGAGACACCCUCGCGUCCGGUAUCUCGUGGAUCUUCGACCCCGUGCUCGACAACAUGCACAACCCGCUGUGGCCGCGCGUGUACGAGACGUUCGGCGAGGACCCGUACCUGACGUCGGUCAUGGGCGCUGCUAUCGUCCGAGGCAUGCAGAGCUACAACGAGUCCGCGGCCUGCAUGAAGCACUGGAUCGGCUACGGCUGGACCCCCACAGGCCACGACAAGGACGGCGUCACUAUGAGCGAUUUCGACAUGAUGAACUCGUACUUCCCUCCGUACAAGGCUGCUGUGGACGCUGGUCUGCUGACGGGCAUGGAGAACUACAUCUCCGUGAACGGCGUGCCGAUGGUGGAGAGCAACAAGUACCUGAAGAAGCUGCUGCGUGACGACCUCAAGUUCGAAGGCCUGAUGGUGACGGACUACGCCGAGAUCAACCACGUGCCGGACUUCCACAAGACCGCGCGUAACAUCAACGAAGCCGUCAAGUUUUCUCUGGAGCGCACGUCCAUCGACAUGAGCAUGGUGCCCGCGGACAUUAUGUCGUUCUUCAACGAGACGCUGGCGCUGCUCGAGGAGGACCCGGAGAUCGUCGACCGCAUCAAGGAGUCGGUGCGCCGUAUCAUCAAGACCAAGCUCAAACUGGGCCUGUACGACAACCCGCUGCCCGGUGAGGAGUACUUGAGCAUGGUGGGCAACGACGACGACGUGGCUGCCGCGCUGGCGUCGGCGCGCGAGUCCAUCGUGCUGCUUCAGAACAACGACAGCUCGCUGCCCCUGCCCAAGGACGCGUCGGUGUUCCUGACGGGCCAUAGCGCUCACAACGUCGGCUACCAGUGCGGUGGCUGGACUCAGCAGGGCACUGGUAUGUCGGGCAACGACAUGUUCGCGCACGGCGUGAGCGUCAAGGACGGCCUCGAGAACGUCGUUGGCAACGGCUCCUUCACCUACUUCAACGGGUUGAACGUGAACGGUGACUACACGGAAGCGGACCUCGCGACUGCCAAGGAGUACGCGAGCAAGGCCGACUACACCAUCGCGGUCAUCGGCGAGCACAGCUACGAGGAGAAGACGGGCGACAUCGACGACCUGACGCUGCCUCUGGGCCAGAUCGAGUACGUCAACGCGCUUGCUGCUACCGGAACCAAGGUCAUUUUGGUGCUAUUCGAGGGCCGCCCGCGUAUCCUGAAUGACCUGCCCGAGAACGUGUACGCUGUGAUCAACGGCAUGCUGGCGUGUGAGCAGGGCGGCCAGGCUGUGGCCGAGAUCAUCUAUGGUGAGACGAACCCCAGCGGCCGCAUGCCGAUCACGUACCCUAAGUACACUGGUAACGUCAUGAUCCCGUACCGUCACCGUGUGAGCACCCAGUGCGCUUCGGGCGACUACUGCGUCCCGCAGUGGGACUUCGGCCACGGUCUGAGCUACACCAACUUCACGUACUCGGACAUGCGCAUCAGCACGACCAACGUGACCUCCAGCUCGUACUCGGUGAACGUCUCGGUGACCGUGACCAACUCGGGCAGCGUGGCCGGCAAGGAGACGGUCAUGCUCUUCCUGACUCAGCCGUACCGCUCCAUCUCGGUGCCUGAAGUGAAGCAGCUCAAGAAGUUCUCCAAGAUCAGCCUGGACGCGGGUGCGUCGCAGACGGUCGAGUUCGAGCUGACAGCGGCCGACUGGAGCGUGUACUACCCGCAGAUCGGCGAGGGCCUCAAGCUCGUGGCGGAGGACGCCGACUACGUGAUCGCUAUCAAGCCCGAGACGGACUGCGACGUGUACAACGAAACUGCUGCCGCCAACCCGUUGUGCGCAACGUUCACGCUGGCGACGGGCGAGUACCCGUUCGGCUCGCUCGUGGCGGAGUAAAAGCAGUUGCACGGUGACACUCCAUCCGGUAGCUGGAGACGAGUGUUUAGUGCGGGCGCUGCAUUAUGCGAGUACUUCUUC